AUGGACACCACUACCCAUAACAUUAUGGUCAGCUACAUUUCCCCUCCGGACUGGUACAAUGACGUAUACUAUGUCUUCAACUACACCAUCUGUAUCAUGCAAUUCUUCGGAUUCGCUAUAAACCUCAUCCAUUUCUCAAUUUUGACUCGCCCACAAAUGCGCUCCAACGCAAUUUAUCGUUUGAUGAUUGGAAUCUGUUCAUGUGACCUGUUAACUCAAAUCAAUACAUUCCUUAUUUUUUCUCCGUUUUGGAUCAGAGACUCGUCGAAGAAAGAAGAAGAAUGUUACAUGUCUCACACGUAUUUCGAUGCUCUAUUAUACCUGCAUGGGACUACUGUACUUGAUAUAACUCAACGGGCGGCCUCUUGGAUGGCACUGUUCAUGGCUUUAUACAGGACACUUUCCGUCAUGUUUCCAUUGAAUGUGAGGCUUCAAAAGUUGUCAAAACCUAUAUUUGCUAUAUGGACUAUUAUCGGAGUUCUUAUUUUUACAUCAUUGACUACUUGGAUGGUACAAGCGAGACGGAUAAUAAGGGAAUAUGAGUGGGAUUAUGAGUGA